GGGAGCAGGGGAGUGGGUAGAAGAAAAACAGGAGGUCAGGGAGUAGAAGAGACAGGAGGUGGGAAGAAGAGGAAGGAGGAGUGAGUGCCAAGGAAAGUCAAACACUUACCAGUGCAGCAUUGUACGUACGUGCUGCUUUGACCUCGCUGCGCAUGCGCGACGAAGCAAAGAAGGCGGUGGCUCUUUCACGGGCCGGGCUCGUAUAAUAUACACGUGAGGGUCUGGCUACUAGCGAUAUAUCGACUAACCUGUCCCCCCUCUAGCAGCUCUAGCUCUUUGGGCCUUUGAUAGUACGUGGUCUGUCGGCAUGAUGGCAACAAGGAGUGAAUCAAGACUGUCAGACAACUCAUGUGAUGUCCACAAUGAGAAAUCACCUCUCCUCACUGAGCAACAAACACCACUGGGAAGUGAAGGUGGGCCCGGAAAGGAAAAGAUGGCCGAGGAGGGAAAAACAGUGAGGGAAAGGAGGAAAAAAACUGAAAAGGAUUUUCAAACUAUCAAUGUCCCUGGCACUGGAGCAGCUCCACUGUUCAGUUUCCGCAAGUUGUGGGCAUUUACUGGACCAGGCUUUUUGAUGAGCAUUGCCUACCUUGAUCCUGGGAACAUUGAGUCUGACCUGCAGGCAGGAGCUGUGGCAGAAUACAAAUUGCUUUGGGUCUUGAUGUGGUCCACAUUUAUGGGUCUCAUAUUACAGGUUCUUUCAGCUAGACUUGGAGUUGUCACAGGGCGCCACCUGGCGGAGGUGUGCCAUGAUCAGUAUCCACUCGUACCACGCAUCUUCCUGUGGCUGUGUAUGGAGUUGGCCAUUAUUGGCAGUGACAUCAGGGAAGUGAUUGGCUCAGCACUUGCCAUACAUAUAAUUUCUCAGAGAACAAUCCUCUCUGUGGUAGGCGUGCUUUAUCACAGCAGUUGGAUCUACUUUCCAUCAUCCUCUCCUGGAGAGCUAUGGCCUGCGACCGCUACCUGGAGGCUUGGUUUGGAUUCGCUUGCUCAUUGCCAUCAUGUGUGGCAUGUUUGGUUGGAUGUAUGUUUAUGCUCAGCCAGCUCAAGCAGCGGUAGUUGAAGGAAUCUUUGUUCCCUGGUGUCAGAACUGUAGCUCUGGAGCUGUAGAGCAGGGUCUUGGUAUUGUGGGGGCAGUCAUCAUGCCACAUAAUCUCUACCUCCACUCUGGAUUAGUACUGAGCCGUGCCAUUUCAAGACAGAAUAAAGUUGAUAUAAAAGAAGGAAUAAAGUACAACACAAUUGAGUCUACCAUUGCCCUCUUCAUAUCUUUUAUUAUAAAUCUCUUCGUGGUCUGCGUCUUUGGAGCAAGUGUGUUUGGCUAUAACUACGCCAGUGAUAUCCACGGGAAGUGUGCUCAGCACAUUAGUGACCUUGCAACGGUCCAGAGGGAGUGUACUGAGCAAAUAAGCCUGCUGAAUGCAGCAGACUGUCUCUACUACCGCUUUCAUUGUCAGGAGUGGGUGCGCUACAUAUGGGCCAUUGGACUAUUAGCUGCUGGCCAAAGCUCAACAAUGACAGGUACGUAUGCAGGCCAGUUUGUGAUGGAAGGGUUUCUAAACCUUCACUGGGCUCGCUGGAAGAGGGUUCUCCUUACUAGAAGUGUAGCCAUGGUCCCCUGUGUCAUCAUUGCGAUCGUGGCAGUUAACAGCUUGGACUAUCUUGACGAAUAUAUCAAUGUGGAACAGAGCAUGCUGUUGCCGUUUUCCUUGAUACCUCUGCUGCAUGCCACCAGUAGUAAGACAGUCAUGGGUGACUUCAAGAACUCAAUACCUGGAGCUAUUGUUGUUUGGAUUAUAGCCAUCGUGGUGGUGGUGGUUAAUGUUUACUUCAUCAUCAGCACUGUGGCAAUUUCCAGGAAAGUGGUGGCAGCACACGUUUGCAAGCCUCGGAGUUUUAAUUUAUCUUUGUAUAGUCUUGCUCUAUGCAUUUUAUCCUCUGCUGGACCUGCUGUGGAAGAAAUAUAAAUCUCGAUGCUUCAAAUCAAGAGUUCUACACCUACAGAUGAACAAAUAACUGUUUUAUAAACUUAUUUUUCAUGCACUAUUUAUACAACCGCAGCUCAGACGAAUAAUUUAUAGUGGGAGAAUGCGAGGGUGCGAGAAAAAAAUGUUUCUAAGUAGAGUUGUGGGGAGCACAUACAUUAGCCUGCAUUUUCUUUGGGCUCAUGCACAGAAAGCAUAGUAGGUGCAU